AUGGCGUGUCGCAAGCAGAUGAAUCUUUUUCGCAAAGUAUUUAUUCUACUUUUCCUUGUCAACUGUGUCGUAUCGGCCAGCAAGGAUAAAAAGGAUAAGAAAGAGGAUAAUGUUGCAGGAGAGAAGUGGAAAAAGAAGAAGAUACAGGAUUAUUCUGACGCAGACGUGGAGCGCUUAUUUGAUCAGUGGGAAGAUAAUGAUGAGGAUGAGUUAGAGGAGGAUGAAUUACCAGAGUGGAAGAGAGAGCCUCCCAAGGUAGAUUUAUCACAGAUGGACCCUUCAAAUCCUGAGGCGAUGCUGAAAAUGUCAAAAAAAGGCAAAACUCUUAUGAUGUUUGCCACUAUAUCAGGAGGACCUACACAGAAGGAGACAGAACAGAUUUCACAACUCUGGCAUACCAGUUUAUUUAAUGCUAAUUAUGACACACAAAGGUUUGUUGUGAGUGAGGAUCGUGUGAUAUUUAUGCUGAGUGAUGGCUCUAAGGCAUGGGAGGUCAAGGACUUUUUGGUGAAACAGGAGCGUUGUAAAGAGGUCACCAUCGAAGGGAAGUCAUAUGAUGGAGCUGGUGCACAGAACCGUGACGACAACAGGACAGCCAAAAAGGAUGCCACGAUAGAAAAAUCAGCCAAACUGACCAAGGACAAUGCAAUUAAAAAGAGUAAAAAGGAUAAGACAGAGUUAUGAGGUUCAGCUGUGUAAAAUGUGCGUUAUCACAGGGGCUUGGCUCAGAUUUUCAACACAGCAGUCUAUAUACAUACAUUUAUACAGAUCAUUGGGUUGGGAAUGCCAAGGUCCUGUGUGUGAGAGGAGUCAUAUGAGGUUGUUUGUUAACAUGUAUUCAUGAUAAAUUCUCGGGAUGAAUGAUUAGUUUUCUUUUCAACUUAUCUUUUGAUUUGAACAUUAAGUAAUAUUUCGAUUCGGUUAAUUAUGUAUGAAUUAUAGCAAUGAAUACUAGUAGUGUUGUAGGAAGUUAAGUCUGUGUUAUAUUUUGUAGUAAGGUAAUUAAUAAGACAAGAAUGAGGAGAAACUGGAAUGACAUUUCACCUUGCUUCCAUAUUUACAUGAAAUCAAAAAUUUGCGAAAAAAAGUUGAAUAAGAAAUAUGCCCAGCUGUUUUGUUAUGUUUUUGUAUUAGGUUCAAUGUUAUACUAGGUUACACUGGCCAUUGUUCUAAGGUAUGUUAAAAAAUUGGACUGCUUUCCAUUGGCUUUCAUGGGUAUAUGAAUGUCAACAGGAUAAGAACAAGGGUUUUAAUGCUACAUGUUUAGUUUUGAUUUAUCUAGUUAUAAUGCACAGGAAUGCCGAAUAAAAACAGUUCAUGACUUGUAGCUAUCAUUUUAAUGUUGAUCUUUUUUAAGGAGGGGAAACCUAUGUUUGUUAACAAUACCGGCAAUAUUUCUGUACUGUUGGCAGUUCAUAGGCUGGUAAUACACACCUGACAUUAAUACACUGUAGCAAUGUUAGUGGUAAAUAUUGACUGGUGUUAGAUUGAAGUUUACCUUUACAUUGACGUUGGAAACGGAGUAUGUUUGUGUGUGGUAUUUAUGAUUUUAUGAGAUGUUGAACUCGUAAAAAUGAAAUGGUAAGAAAAUGGAUGAUUAAUCUUUUAUUUUUGUGUGGGAGUGUUUUAAGUGUGAUGGAAAUUUGUGCCAUAUAUGUGUGAUG